CAGUCGCUACACAGACAGUCCAGCAGCAACAGCCCGCCCCACCCCCGACCCCCAUGGGACCCCCUGGGCUUAUUGAAGACGAACAGCGGGCUGCGUCUGUGGUGUCGGGGGUCGGGCCCACGGUGGCUGGGGCGGUGGUGCGGGCGGCCACCCCCGAGCGGCUGAUACAGAUGUGUGUGGAGUCUUUCACCGAGAAGGGGCUGGACAAGAAUCAGGAGGAGUUUGUGACCGUCUUUUUCCUCAUGCACCAGUGGUUCAUGACGUCAGAGGAACUGGCCCAGGCCUUUAUCGAUCUUUAUCAAGGUUGUGACGAAACUGUGACGUGUACGAUGGUGGCUUGUCAACAUCUGCCCAUCAACACGGACUGUGCUAUCCAGAACUUCAAAAAGAUGAUUUGUCAGGCUGUCAGGUACUGGAUCGGCAAGUUCCCCCUGCACUUUGACAUGGACCCACGUGUGACCACCACUGUGAAGAAGCUGAGCUCAUUGCUGCAGGCUGAGGGCAACUACAAGCUGAAGGAGCUGGUCGACGUGUCCAAAGUCCCAUCUUAUGACUGGAUGCGAAACAUGUCUGUCAGAAACACCCAAGAGAAAAAACUUGCGCGUAAGGUGUCUCUUGUCUUCAACCACCUGGAGCCCAAGGAACUGGCCAACCAGUUGACCUAUCUGGAGUAUAAGGCAUUCAGGAGGGUGCAUUUUUCAGACUACAAAAAUUAUGCCAUCUCCGCCUCAUUGAAAGACCAACCCAAACUGGAGCGAUCCAUUGCUUUGUUUAACGGCUUGUCUCAGUGGGUGCAGUGUAUGGUGCUCAGCAAGACCACCCCCCAACAGAGAUCUGAUGUUAUUUGUAAAUUUAUUGAUGUCUCUAAGCAUCUUCGUGUGCUACAAAACUUCAACACCCUGAUGGCAAUAGUCGGAGGCCUGUCCCACAGUGCACUGGCUAGACUGUCCAAAACUAUAGCCUGUCUGCCACCUGAAUCUCAGAAGACACUGGCAGAGCUGACAGAACUGCUGUCAUCUAACAACAACUUCAGUAAUUAUCGCAAGGUUUACCACCACUGUACUGGCUUCAAGAUUCCUAUACUUGGUGUACAUCUGAAGGAUCUUAUCUCACUACAUACAGCAUUACCUGAUCGGGUUGAUGGGAAUUUGUUAAACUUUCGGAAGAUGGCCCAACUGGCCAUCAUUCUCAGAGAGCUGACCAGACUCCAGGGCCUGGAUUCCAUUCCAGUGGAUGCCAACAUGGAUUUGGUCAACACACUCAGGCUUUCCUUAGAUUUAUAUCACACAGAGGAUGAGAUCUAUGAGUUGUCUUUAGCUAGAGAGCCCAGAGGAUCUCUUUCAUCUCCCACAACACCAACCAAACCUGUGGUGUUUGCUGAUUGGCUGUCAGGCAUCAGCCCCCCAGAUUCUGACACUAUAAAUAAACAUGUCCAUGACAUGGUGGAGGCUGUUUUUAAAAACUAUGACCAUGACAAAGAUGGGUUUAUCUCACAUGAGGAGUUUGAUGCCAUUGCAGGGAAUUUUCCUUUCAUUGAUUCAUUCUGCGUGCUUGAUGCUGAUAAAGAUGGUAUGAUCAGCAAGAAAGAAAUGAAGACCUACUUCAUCCGCGCCAACAGCCAGCACCUGAGAAACAGCUUUAAACAUGCAUUUCAUGAAACAACUUACUUCAAGCCAACAUUCUGUAUUCACUGCACGGGGUUGUUAUGGGGCCUGAUCAAACAAGGAUGGAAAUGUAAAGACUGUGGUAUUAAUGCCCACAAACACUGCAAAGAUUUAGUAGUGAUGGAAUGUCGAAGUAAAGGGAGCAAAAGGACUGAAUCCAUGUCUAAUGGCGUUGGACCACCUGACCUGACCAUAAUGGCCAAGCGCAAGAUCUCCCAGCGCCACCAGAAGAGAUCCUCCCCGUCCCACACGUGCCCCCAGUCGACCCAGACAGAGGGCGCCACCAUGAGGAGAACCAGCAGCCUGAAGGUGAUGAACACCAGCAACAGCCACAACCACCUGAGCCACAGGGACUGCUCGUUUAUAGACGGGGAGUACUACGAGGAGCAGGCCCUUCUCUACGAGAGAUUGUUGAAAGCAGAGGAGGCCCGUGAGAAGCUGAUUGAGGAGAAUUCCAGACUUCGCUCAAAAUUGGACCUGGCCAAUGAUCAGAUCUCCUUGCUGAAGUCCCACAUAGGCAUCAUCAGACAGAACACCAUUGCAUUUAUCCUGGAGCAGAUGGAUGCUCUGCACAUGCAGCGAGACACAGAAGUUUGAUGCCUCAUGUUGCCAGCAACAGGGCGCCCUUAUUCCAGGGACUACGUGAUCUACAUGUUCUAAACGUUUAUGUGAUAAAAUAAUAUAUGAGACCAUGUUUGAGGGUGUUGUUUAUUCCUGAUCUCUUCAUUGGAUUUGAGGGCAGAUGUGUACAUUUCUAUAUACAUAGUCCCAAUUUUAUUUAUUUGCUCAAUAAAAUGCUGGAAUUUUUUGAAGGGUUUGACAUGUUCAUAAAAAAAAUCAAGUCAAAGUCAACAGAAAGCUGUACACAAAGUGAACAGAACACAGCUGUACACAACAAGGACAUAAUGCAGCUAAAUGAAAAAAAAACAUUUUCUUUACUGUUGAUAAAGGGAUUGUUUACUCAUAAUAGCCAUGUUGAAUUUCAUAAUACUAUUGAAUCAGAACUAAUGAACACCCAACAGUAUCCAUCUGAGAAACAAUGAUCGACAUUACAACAUUUCUAUACCUGGUAUUUAAACACAAGAUUGUGCAAUGAGGCCAAACAGUUUGCUGUGCUUGCAAGCUGAACAAAAAACUAUUCUGGCAGAAUUGGAUACAACUUUGUCUUGCUGGAACUUUUUUUAAAUGGAUAUUUUAAGGAACAUAUUUAAAUAUGUGUCCUCAUUCUCAUGUGUAUAGAAAGAGUAAAAUAAUUUGGAAAGCAAAAUAAUAGUUUUCUUAUAUUGUUGGGUAAUAUAUAUAUAUAAAUAAUUCACUGCUUUUGUAGCAGAACUAUAUUGGAAUAAUUAUUGAAGUAAAGGUUCUUUGGAUCAAGUAUGCCAGUCACACUCCUUAUCGCAACAGAUGUAGGUGGCGCUGCUAAGAAACAUUUAUGCUUGGGCUCUAGCGCUCAUAGUAAUUUUGGAUCCACUACUUGCAAGACAAGAUGGUGGUGAAACACCCUGCUGGAAGGAACAAUACCAUUGGAACACAAUUUGUAACAGGUGUUUAUACUAUUAUUUAUUCAUUGGAUCUAAUGUUUGUGAUUGGCCUGUUAAAGCAAAAUAACAUUGGCUACAUUUAUAACUAAAUCCUCAUGACAACAGGGUGCUUAGAAAGAAUAUCCAUUGAUUCCAUCAAAGCUCUUUAAAGUGAAUUACUGCCCAGUUCAACCAAAUUACUCUGACAGAACUAAGAAGUGGUUAUUUAAUUUGUGCAAUGAAAAAAUUUCUCAAACGUGUGGAUAAAUUCUACAAAUGAUUGUUGACAACUUUGUUUUGUGUAUAAUGUACAAUAUUUAUUUAUUACAAAAGCUAAUAUUUGAAGUCAACUGUGGUAAUUAGCCUUAAUUAAUCCUUCUUAGUAGAAAUGUAUCCCUAAUAGCAUUUAUUUAUUGUUAGGCAUAUUCUAACUAUUAGGUACAUUCAAGCAUAUUGUUUUGACCAAUGUAUUUGUUGUAGAAAUGAUGGUGUUUAUAUUUUGAUGUGUUCUAUCCUCAGUAUUUUUUUAACUUGACCUUUUUGGAAUAAGCUGCUUGUGUUCAGUGUUUCUUGGGUCAUGUUUCUGGAACAUUGAAUAUUUGAUAUAUUUGGAACUUGUUUCCUUAGAACUUGU